CUUUUGAGGAACCCGUAUGGGCUUCCUUUGCAGCAAUUGCUACGAACAGGUGGGUGUCUCAUUUUCCCUUUAUUCAUUAUCCUUAGACGAAGAGGCGUCAGCGGCACUGGGGAUCACGGCCGCCUGGAAAACACUGGAAAAAAUGGGAAAUGUGUUGCCCAAUCUCGAGCUUGAUGAAUACAUCGGUGCUGACGAUUGUGCUAUAGUUCAUGAAGAGGUGAAUGAUGAGCAGAUUAUCAAAGCCGCCUGCAAUGAUGAAGACUCUUCUGAUGUCGAAGAUGACGUACAGGAUGUGCCUGCUGAGGCAACUGCCUCACAGGUGAUGGACGCUUUCGAUGUAAUGAGGAAUUUUGUUGAUGUCCGUGAAGACGAUGUCGCGAUGGGUCUGCAGACUGAAUGUGAAAAUCACGUGACAGCAGUGCUCACCGUGAAGCGCAAAUAAGCCAAGCUUACAGAUUUUUGGCAUUAGAAGUUUUUGCUUCUGCUUGAGCAAUUAUUUCUGCGCUUCGUAUCAAAUUUCUGUGAUAACGAAGAACUAAUUUUUUUUCGGGCACCGUAAAUUUCAUUGUAGCGGGAUUCAACUGCAUAUAAAGUCCCCCCUUUCUUUUUGAAGCGGUCGCAAGUACGGGCUCCCACGUACCAAGAUGUGAAAUCAGCUUUACUUCGCUGGAUGUAGAAAGCAAACGCAGCCCACCUUCCCGUCAAUGGGACGAUACUGCGGGAGAUGGCCAGCAACUUGGCUCUACAACUUCGGCAUGCAGAGUUCAAGUGUAGCAAUGGAUGGUUCAGCAGUUUUAAAGAGCGCAAUAAUUUGACCUUCGUAGCAGUCUGUGGCGAGAGCGGCAGCGCAAAAAGAGGGUCAUUGACGCCUGGAAGGAACACAUGUUGGCUCCAUUGCUUAGCGAGUACGGUACAGACGAUGUGUACAACGUUGACAAGGCAGUCCUUUUUUUACAAGAUGCUGCAAACGUUUGCAGUGAAGGACACCGCGGUCAAGGGUAAAAAGCAGGGAAAGGAAACAAUCAUUGUUCUGUUCGGUGCGAACAUGUGUGGCAAACACAAGCUGCCGCUACUUGUAGUUGGAAAGAGUGGGAAGCCUCGCUGCUUUAAAAAUGCACGGCUGCCGCCAAGAGAUGAGCUUAUCAUACCGGCACAGCAAGAAAGCUUGGGUCACAGGCGCAAUAUUUGAAGAUUAUGUUCGGCAGGUUGGCCGCAAGUUCGCGGCCACAGGCAGGAAUGUACUCUUUGUUGAUAAUUGCCCAGCGCAUGGCGUCAUCCCACACCUGAAAGUUAUCCGGAUGGUAUUUCUUCCUCCGAACACCACGUCGAUCUCGCGGCCAAUGGACCAAGGCGUCAUUCAACACACAAGGAAGAUUUACCGCCACCACCUGGUCGAGCGCAUGCUCCUUUGCUUCGACAACGGCAAGGAGUACUCCAUCGACCUCCUCGGGGCCAUGUGUGUUAUUGUGUAUGCAUGGAGGCAAGUGGAACCCACUUUGGUCAUGCGGUGUUUUGAACACGAUGGCUUCUCGAAGGAAAGCACCGUCGAUGCUGACUAUUCACGUGCACUUGAUGAAGAAGGAGCCGAGGAUUGUGACCGCAUCAGUGCACUCUGCGCAGAGAUAGCGAAUCCAGUGCAGUUCGCUUCGCCGAGUACAGUCGAGCCCACUUAUAACGGCCCCACUUAAGACGAACGCUCGCUUAUCACGAACAAGUCCGGCGUGACCGUCAAAAUAUACGUUUAGGCUAUGGCGCUCGGUCUCAGCUACAACGAACGCCCGCGAGCCUAGCCGAUCGGCUACAGCGAAAGCCUUGGUGUCGCGGACCACUUUCCACGUGGCGAGAACCGCCAACCCUGUGCUGUGCACGCUCCGAGAAUUGGCUUUCCCGCGGCGUCUCGCCGGAGGCACGGAGGAGCGGCGAGGGGAUCGCCGCGAUAACGAGAAAAAAAAAAAAAGCCGGCCCAGCACGCAUGAGCAACGCAUGAACAACGUGAACACGCAAGUCAAAGGGAAGCCUGAAAGUGACAGCUCAUUGGCCACGGGACUGCACUCGCCAUCGUCGACGUCGGGGCAGCGGCGAAGUUUUCCACCAAUUGACAACGUAGCACGUGAUCACGUGCUUUUGUACCCCCUCUUUCCCUCCUCCCCCCCCUUAACACCGCGCGUCACACCUCACAUGACUGCGGGACUGUCUUGCUUGUGGUUGUGCGGUGUUGUGUGGUUGUGCUAGCGUUGUCGGCGUUGUUUCGUACUGGUGUGGUCCCGUGCCUAUCCGAGAUGGCCGAUUCGCCGGCGUUUACUUCGACAGUGAAGCGAAAAGCUUUAAACUUGGCCACGAAACUGUUGAUCUUGAAAGACCUUUCCCAAGGCGCGAAAAACCACGAACUGGUGAAAAAGUAUAGUUUGUCGAAAUCGACAAUAUCCACGAUACUAAAAGAGAAGGACAAAAUCUACAAGAGUGCCGCCACGGACUCUGCGACGAGGAAGCGCCUACGGAAAGCCACAUAUGCAGACGUUGAAGACGCGCUUCUAAAGUGGUUCCUUGAUACUCGAGCACGCAAUGUUCCCAUCAGCGGGCCGCUGAUGUUGUCCAAAGCAAAGGACUUAGCGUUCCUCCUGGACUUCCCAGAUUUUUCUCCUGGCAAUGGCUGGCUCCAUCGCUUCAAGCUCCGCCACGGAAUUAUUUUCAAGACCAUCAACGGCGAAUCGGCAUCGGUAAGCGACGAAGACAUCAACAUGUGGAUGUCUAAAAACUUGGCCCGUGUAUCAAGUUAUGCUGAAAGGGAUGUGUAUAACGCGGAUGAAACGGCGCUGUUCUAUCAAAUGCUGCCUGGCAAAACGCACGCUAUGAAGGGUGACAAAUGUGCUGGCGGCAAGCACAGCAAAGUUCGCAUAACUGUGCUUUUGUGCACCAACAUGGAUGGAAGCGAUCGAUGCUUGCCAUUUGUCAUCAGUAAAUCAAAGAGGCCACGUUGCUUCCGCACAUAUGUACCAGUGCGUUACAGGCAUAACUCGAAGUCGUGGAUGACAUGCGAGUUGUUCGCGGAAUGGCUUAUCGACUUUGACAGCAGCAUGGCGAAGAAAGGGUGCAAAGUUCUUCUGAUUCUCGACAACUGUACCGCCCACCAUGUCCAAGCUGUCUUAUCGGCAGUUGAGUUGCUUUUUCUGCCACCAAAUGUCACUUCAAAAGCGCAACCGCUGGACAUGGGUGUAAUACGGUCGUUUAAAGCGGCCUACAGGCGCCGUGUUGUGCUGCGGAUGCUGAUUGCAGUUGAUCGCCCCGCUGCCAAUGUGCCUCUGCAGGUCUCACUGUACUCGGCAAUAGAAAUGAUUAAAGCGGCGUGGAUCGAAGUGACACCCGAAUGCAUCCGGAAUUGUUUUCGCAAGGCCGGCUUCGCUGACGCACCUGAAGCAGGCAUUGAAGACACUGAACAAAGCCAGCCUGACGACGACUUGUGGCGACGCGUUGUUGACGCUAACCUGGCAGGCUGCGAUCUUGAUUGGCAAGAUUUUGUUGAUGUGGACGACGCUGCUGAAGUUGCGGAGUCGUUCUGCGACGAGACCGCCGUCCGGGAAGUGCGGGCAUCAAGCGACGCCGAAGCAUCGGACGACGACAGCAAUCCGUCGGAGACAGCACCCGUAAGCGCGACCACAGCAGUGAGCCAUAUUGAGGCACUUAGAAAUCUUGUGUAUUUUAAGGCCUUGGGUGACGAACACAUCGCAGCUUUGAACAAGCUUGAAACUGCCGUCAUUGGGUGUGCUCUGACGAAGCAGACAACGAUCACCGAUUUUUUUUCUCAAUAAAUUUUUGUUUUGAUUGAUGUCAAUUUUUGUGUGUGGCCCACAUACCACGAACUUCUGGAUAGAACGAACGAAUUCCGCGUGACGCUCGGGUUCGUUAUAAGCGGGCUCAACUGUAUCUGAACUUUGAAAAAGAUCAACAAACAUGCUACUCAGAUUUGGAGUGUGAACCUACCGCUGAUGCGGCCAAUGUGCGAUCACAGCGACAAUGGCGGCGCUAACGAGCCGUUCCGAGCACCCGCUCUCGGGGAAGUUAUCGGAUCGCUGAAUGUUAUCCGCAGUUUUGUUGAGUGCUACUGUGGAAAUUCUCAAAUGCUGCAUGUAGUUGGUCAACUAGAAAUAACAUGACCCUUGGAGCCUUGGAGCCCUUGGAGCCUGAACAUGACAGGAUGUGGCAAACCGAAUUUGAAGAUUUUCUGCGGUCCCAAUGACAUCGAAUUAACGAGGCAUACCAUUAUCAUUGAAAAAGAAGGUAUACAAUCAGUGCAUUUUAUCAGCGAUGACAUAUGGGGAAGAGACUUGGAAACUGACAAAGAAGCUUGAGAACAAUUUAGGAACUGCGCUAAAAGCAAUGGAACGAAGAAUGCUAGGCAUAACUUUAAGAGACAGAAAGAGAGUGGUUUGGAUCAGAGAGCAAACGGGUAUAAACGACAUUCUAAUUGAAAUGAAGAGAAAAAAAUAGCGCUGGGCAGGUCAUGUAAUGCAUAGAGUAGAUAACCGUGAAGGUGACAGAAUGGGUACCAAGAAAAGGGAAGUGCAGUAGAGGACGGCAAAAGACUAGGUGGUGCGACAAAAUGAGGAAAUUUGCGGGUGCUAGUUGGAAUCAGUUGGUCCAGGACAGGGAUAAUUAGAGAUCAUGGAGAGAAGCCUUUGUCCUGGGGACGUAUUCUGAAACGUUCGCCGCGGCGAAGUUUCGCACUGGCCACACCUCCGCCGUUGCGGCGCGCGCUGAAUGGCUGCUUUGACAAAACUGGAAAUGCACUUGCGCCACCCGAUUUUCCAGUUUUGUCAAAGCAGCCAUUCAGGGCGCGCCGCAACGGCGGAGGCGUGGCCAGUGCGAAACUUCGCCGAGGCGAACGUUUCAGAAUACGUCCCCUGCAGUUGACAUAAAAUAGGCUGAUGAUGACUGUACAAGGACUGCCCCAAACGUUU